CUACACUCAACUCAAUCCAUGACAUUUAUCAACAUGCCUGUAGACGUCUAUUAUUUGCUUGUUCGUUGACACUUUCUAUCAUGAGCAUCUCUAUCAAUGGAAGUAUAUUGGAAGGGGGAGGUCAAAUUCUUCGUAAUUCGGUAGCUCUUGCCGCGUUACUGGGUAAACCAAUCUCUAUCCACAAGAUUAGAAAUGGUCGUAAACCUCCCGGACUGAAGAACCAGCAUAGAACAGGCCUAGACCUCGCGGCGGAAAUCGCGUCUGCAGAACUCACCGGCGCGACUAAUGGCUCGACAGAAAUCGAGUUUACUCCAGGGCCCCUGAAAACACCUGGUGACUUUGUCGCUGAUUCUGUGACCGCUGGAUCCACUACUCUUCUUCUGCAAAUUGCUUUACCACUUUUGCUUUUUACCUACCAACCUUCCACAAUCCCGUCAAGGUUAACGUUGAAAGGCGGCACGAAUGCUACACAGGCACCGCAGGUUGAUUAUACUGAACAUGUCUUUCUUCCAUUCGUGCAGCGUCACUUUGGCAUCACGGCUGACCUGCAGGUGAAACGACGAGGGUAUUUUCCAAAAGGUGGUGGCGAGGUGGUAGUCAGCGUUACUCCGUUAGCUCAACGCCUCAAGAGUUUCAGUCUACUUGAACGCGGAAACGUUCGAUGUAUCAAAGGAAUUGCACACUUUGCCAAACUACCUGGUCAUAUAGGCCCGAGUAUAGUAGAAGGAGCAACAAAGGUCCUCUCGACAGGACUUGCUGAGAUGUCAAACAUCCCUAUUGAAAUCCAAAGUCAAAGAGAGCGUAACGAAAACACCGUUGGUGCUGGUAGCGGUGUUGUUCUAUGGGCUGAACUCGACGGUGGUGGAAUUAUCGGAGGCAGCGCAGUAGGAAACAAAGGAACCGAUGCGUCUCUCUUGGGUGAAAAAGCGGCACAAGAUCUUCUCCGAGGACUGAAUGCGGGGGGUUGUGUGGACGAGUGGUUGGAAGAUCAAAUCAUCAUCUUCAUGGCUUUAGCUGAAGGUGAAUCAGCGGUUCUCUGUGGGAAUGCAGGAGGACUUCAAAUGCAUACAAGGACAGCGAUAUGGGUUGCUGAAAAACUUACCGACGCGAAGUUCCACACCGAACAGUUGGAAUCUGGUCAUACCGUUAUUCGUUGCAAAGGUAUUGGCUAUUGUGCGAGCUCAUAGACACACUGUAAUAAACCAGCUGUAAACCAUCAAAGAGUCCUGAGUGAGCUCGGAAGUAAUCGUCUAUAGUAAACUACCGAAUAGCAGGCCAGUACGGGCCGGUCAGUGGUCGUCAAGUCAACUUAUCCUAAUAAGUUUAUUGGACGAGUUCUAAAUAUUGUCUUCCGCGAAUACAUAAUCACUAUACUUGAAAUUCACUCCACAUCCUGAA